AUGCCUGGUAUAUCACCUGACGUCAUCAGCCACAAGCUUAGCAUCUCCCCCAUCUGUAAACCAGUCAGGCAGAAGCGCCGUUCGUAUGACGCCGAACAGUAUGAGGCUAUGCGUACCGAAGUUGACAAGCUUAAAGCCAUCGGCUUUAUCAGGGAAGCUACGUACCCUGUUUGGCUGUCCAACUCAGUCAUGGUUCGGAAGGCUAGUGGGGGAUGGCGAAUGUGCCAAGACUAUACCGACCUGAACAAGGCCUGUCCGAAGGACAGCUUCCCAUUACCGAGGAUCGACCAGCUCGUCGACGCUACCGCUGGACACAAGCUGCUCAUCUUCAUGGACGCCUAUUCAGGAUACAAUCAGAUUUUUAUGGACCCUGCCGAUAGCGAGCAUACGACGUUCAUUACCGAUCGCGGGCUUUACUGUUAUAACGUCAUGCCCUUCGGCUUGAAAAACGCAAGGGGAGCAUAUCAACGCCUCGUUAAUCGGAUUUUCGCCAAACACGUCGGCAGCAUUAUGGAGGUGUAUGUCGACGACAUGCUGGUGAAAAGCCGAACGGUAGGGGGGCAUCUAGAAAACUUGGCCCUCAUGUUUGGUAUACUGAAAGACUACCGAAUGAGGCUGAACCCAACGAAGUGCGCCUUAAGUGUAUCUUCCGGUAAAUUUCUCGGAUUCAUGAUCAGCCAAAGGGGAAUCGAGGCUAAUCCCGAGAAAAUCAAAGCCAUACUCAACAUGGAGACACCGAAGACACAGAAAGACAUCCAGAGCCUUACCAGACGCGUCGCUACCUUAACACGCUUCAUUUCCAAAGCCACCGAUAAGUGA